AUGAAGGGCAUUGAGCAUCCUGAGCUAGCCGAAACUGAGUGGCUCCUCAUGGAUAUGACCGAACAUCUGAACCAGCUGAACGUUAAAAUGCAAGGCAAUGAAAAUGCAGUGUUCUCCCUUCAACAAGCCGUGUUUGCCUUUGAAAACAAGGCUGUCCACGCCCUGAAGGAUCGGAAUCAAUUUUCAUCUCUAUCCUCUGAAGAAAAGAACACACUUGAGAACUUGAAAAAUGAUGAAAAUAUAAUCAUACUUCCGGCAGACAAGGGAGGCUCAACUGCUAUCUUGAACAAAUCGGACUACAAACAGAAAAUUUUAUCACUAUUAGAAGAUAGCUCAACAUAUAAGACUUUUCCCACGGACCCUACCAAGAAGCAAAUGUCAUCUAUUGACAAAGUGCUGAAACGCCUUAAGGAGACGAAACAACUGUCAGGAGGUGUCGCAAAGAGCCUGAAACAAUCCAAGCCAACCAUCGCGAAGAUCUACGGAUUACCCAAAGUUCACAAACCGUAA